UAUGAAUCCACCCACGGUUAGUAAAUCGAGCACUCGUGGCUCUGGAUAUCAUCAAAAGGCUUUAGCUGAAAUUCGCAAUUCUUUACUACCGUUUGCAAAUAUUGGAGGAACAGGAGAAGUAGGUUCCAGUGCUGCUAGUACUAUAUCUACUUUAUCUACGACCAGUGGUAUUAGUUCUGCUUCAGGACUUAGUGGUCUUUCUGCAGCUUCGAGUUCUACCAUUGACAAAUCUGACCAACGACAAUUGUUAGCUCAGUUAUUAGCAAUGGGAUAUUCAGAGGAAAUUGCACUGCGUGCAUUGAAGUUAGCUGGUUGGCGUCUAGAUGCAGCUAUAGAGUUUCUAAAACAGGCACAGGGAGAAUCUUUGAAUGGUCUUGGUAAACUUAACAGCAAGUUAAUAAGAAAACCUAGUUUGGAAAGAGAGUUGAGUUUACAACGUGGUAGCCCUGCACUAGACAGUGGUGCAGGAAGCUCACGAUCUGAUAGUCCACGAUUAACGGAACUUAGUCCACAUCCGCAGUUGAGUCGACAAUAUUCUCCGAGCAAUUUCGUAGAACGAGAACCACCUCCUCCUCCACCUCCUAGAUGUAGUUCUACACCACCGCCACCUCCACCGCCUCACACCCCAUAUAAUCAGCCAAAUGUACCUACUAACAUGCAGCAAAUGCUUAAACGGAUGUCUCCUGCUCCAGUCGUUCCAACGCGGCCACCUCCUACCACACCUGGUAAUACUGGCCCGAUUUCUACAGCAGUCAAUCUACCGCAAAGAGGUACAAGUCCGGUAGCGAGUUCCAAUAAUAAUUCAAAUUGUCGUCAACCUAUGAUUGUUCAAAAUGGUCCGCAAGUUCAGCAGCAACUUUCUCAACAAAUGCAAGCUCUCAGUAUUUAUCAAACGGGCAACAAUACUAAUACUCAAGUUGAACCACCGCCUCCAUAUCCCAUAGUCUCUUCUUCGUCGGCUGGUCCGGUACAACCACCGUCAUACAGUGCCUCUAUACAAAAUAGACAAAGUCCUACACAACAAGAUUAUCGUAAAAGUCCCUCUUCUGGAAUCUAUUCUGGUCCAACAUCAGCUGGUUCUCCAAGUCCAAUAACUGUUACCGCUAUAUCCCCAAAUACACAAGCAUCCAUGGCUAGACCUACACCGUUACAAGCUUGGGGUGCGCGACAGGCAAAGACACAACCACCCAUUAUCAUGCAAUCUGUUAAAAGUACUCAAGUACAAAAACCCGUAUUGCAAACUGCUGUCGCACCAACUUCUCCACAACCGAUUUCCACUUCUAGUAACACACCUCCACCUCCACCAUCUUACGCAUCAUCUAUCCAACAAAAGCAGCAGCAACAACAACAACAGCAACAACCGCAGCAACAGCAACAGCCACAGCAGCAACAAUCAACGCAGCCACCACCACCUGCUUAUCCACCAGUAAAUAACGUGGGCACAACAUCAACAAACAAUAUAAACGUGGGUGUUUCAGUAGGAGUACCUACUACAGAACCGCCUAGUUAUGCAACAACAAUGCAAGCAUUAGCUGCACAACGAGGCAUGCACCAUCCAGUUCCUCCACCCCCAUAUGGAACAACUACAAAUGAGGAUUCUAACUGCAUGUCAACGAUGGAUAAUAAUACAACUCUUAGAUCAUCUCCGGUUGCUCUACAUUCUCCAUUGCAGAGAAAAUAUUCACCGGUAGACGGGUGUCAACAUUCUACGGAAGCACCGCCUUUACCUCCGGUAACGUCUACAUCUAUGUCUUUGAGGACUAAUAACAAUAUUGGGAACAGUGGUAAUAACAGCAACAGCAGUAAUGGUGGCAACAACAAUAAUAACAAUAAUAAUAAUAAUCAUUCACCAGAUAGUAAUGGAGCAAAAAGUGCUGGUUCAUCACCUUCAUCUUACAAGAUCAAGCAUCAGUCUCCGAUACCCGAGCGGAAGCAUAUGAGUAAAGAGAAAGAGGAAGAACGUAGAGAUUGCAAAGUCCGUAAUUAUUCUCCCCAGGCAUUUAAAUUUUUUAUGGAACAACAUGUUGAAAAUGUAUUAAAAUCUCAUAAACAAAGAUUAUACCGUCGACUUCAAUUAGAAACAGAAAUGGCUAAGAUUGGUCUUAGCGCAGAAGCUCAAUGUCAAAUGCGGAAAAUGUUGUCACAAAAAGAAUCGAAUUACAUUAGAUUGAAGCGUGCAAAAAUGGAUAAAUCCAUGUUUACGAAAAUUAAACCGAUCGGAGUUGGCGCAUUUGGAGAAGUGACGCUUGUCAGGAAACUGGAUACAAAUCAGUUUUAUGCUAUGAAGACUUUAAGGAAGGCAGAUGUCUUAAAUCGUAAUCAAGUUGCUCAUGUUAAAGCUGAAAGAGAUAUAUUGGCAGAGGCUGAUAAUGAAUGGGUUGUGAAACUUUAUUAUUCCUUUCAAGAUAAGGACAAUUUAUAUUUUGUAAUGGAUUAUAUACCUGGUGGUGACUUGAUGUCACUGUUAAUCAAGUUUGGCAUUUUCAAGGAACCUUUGGCAAGAUUCUAUAUUGCUGAAUUAACGUGCGCGGUAGAAAGUGUUCAUAAAAUGGGUUUCAUACAUAGAGACAUUAAACCAGACAAUAUUUUAAUUGAUCGAGAUGGACAUAUAAAAUUAACAGAUUUUGGCCUAUGUACAGGAUUUCGUUGGACUCAUAACUCUAAGUAUUAUCAACAAAAUGGACAUGGAAAACAAGAUUCAAUGGAUCCUGCUGACGAUUGGAACAAUGAAUGUCGUUGUAUCCAACUAAAACCAUUGGAGCGUAGAAGACACAGAGAGCAUCAAAGAUGCUUAGCGCAUUCCUUGGUUGGAACACCAAAUUAUAUCGCGCCAGAGGUAUUACAAAGGACAGGAUACACACAAUUGUGCGAUUGGUGGAGUGUUGGUGUAAUUUUGUAUGAAAUGUUAGUUGGUUCUCCUCCUUUUCUUGCUAACACUCCAGCUGAGACACAAUAUAAGGUAAUUAAUUGGGAAACAACUCUACACAUCCCGAAACAAGCUAAUUUAUCUGCAGAAGGUAUGGAUUUAAUAUUAAAGUUAUGCGUUGGUGCAGAUCGUCGGUUAGGUAAGAACGCAGAUGAAGUAAAAAGUCAUCCAUUUUUUGCAAGUAUUGAUUUUGAGAAGGGAUUGCGUCGACAAGUAGCUCCACACAUACCUCGGAUACAAUAUCCUACGGAUACGAGUAAUUUUGAUCCUGUGGAUCCUGAUAAAUUACGGAAUUCGGAAUCCUCUGAUUCCAACAAAUCUGACGAAUUAUUAGAUAAUGGGAAACCAUUUCAUGGUUUCUUUGAAUUCACUUUUAGGCGUUUCUUUGAUGAUGGUGGUGGUCCUGCGUAUCCUAGUCGAAUAAGUUUGGAUGAUAAUGAUAAUCAAGGUCCAGUUUACGUAUGACAAUAAUUUUAGAACUUUUUGUAUUCACCAAGUCAAUAAUGACGUAAUUUUUCGUACAUUUUAUUGAAAGAAAUCUGUGUUUGUAAAUAUUAUUUGAAAGAGUUUCUUCUGGAUCGAUGAGUAGAUAGGGUAAUGUCAAUCAUAAAAAUG